GGGUACCUACCUUAAGCAAUGAUAAGGGACAAAAGAGGACGUUCCAUCGCCCGUGAGACUGGCACCUCUCACGUCUGGCGUCAUCACGACGCCAUAUCAAGGUUUGUAGGCAGGCAACCACGCACUGCUGCUCAGUUAUGGAUCAAUUGAUUAUUGGGAUGCGACGAUGGCCAAACCCAAGGCUCUCUCUUAUAUGCUCGUCCCUACGCUCCUCCGCCCAUGCCUUUCCGAUAUCAAUGGCAAAGUACGAGACGAACUCGAGACCACCACUACCUCGGACGUUAUCCACGCGCUCCCGCUGUACCCUGAUUCGAGCCAUAUGGAAAGGUACUCUUGGCCUCUCGAGUUGAGAUCAGACUUUGAUUGUCAGUUGCGAACUCGGUCAACUGGUUGUUUAAGUGUCUUGACUACCAAUGGCUCUGGUACACACCCUCUCAACCCUUCAGUUCAUGAUCGCCUUCGCCAGCACUCGGUAACAGAAGCCCGAACGUGUCGCUUCCUCGGGUGUGACUGGCGUCGCUUAUCGAAUCUCACAGAUAACCACGAUGCUGCUUCGAUCACGACCGAUGCUCAGUUCAUCGGGCGUCCCGUCACUUCCGCGCAAAACGGCACGAGGCCGCCAUACUUGGCGGAACUAAGACCCAGGGAGAUGCAUCCGGCCAGCAGCCCUCGGGGGCAGCGGCCACACCGCGCACGACACAUUGCUUCCAAAUGCGGCGUUGAGUCUUCACGGCUACGGUCAAGCCCAGGAACGGAGCCAGUUGCCCAGUUUAUGGAGCACGGCAACUGA